AUGGAUCUCGAAGACGCCCAAAUAGAUGACAAUGCUCAUACUGGAUGCUACAUCUUCAAACUUGCGGCGGAGCACGACGAGGCCGAGAUAGACGACCGACCGAAGAAGCGAAGAAAGACGACCAAGUCGCAGUCGCAGUCCGAAACCAUCAUUGGUCACGGUCACGAUGAAUACACCUGGCCUGCUCUUCUUGCAGGCGAGGAGUCUAAAGUCGCGAUACGACUACGGCGCCAGCAAUUUGAAACAGAAUGGAAGAAAUACCAGGCCGCGAUCGACGAGAUCCUGAACCAAGUGGACGAAACAUUUGUGAGCGACGUCUUGACCUACGCUCGACAAGAGGAGGGCAGCGCUCAAGGUCAAGGUCAAGGCAGGAUCAGGACCGGGCUACUCCUCUCGACGCCCGGGCACAAUGCACAGCGCGACCUCCUUCAGGGCUGGAAGAGCGGACGAUCGACCACAAGCGAGCAGGACGCAAAGGAGCUGUUGGUCGUACUCUCGCCCACGCACGCGCCCAACUUACAAACCGCGCUGAAGAAUGUGAUCCGCAUGGCCAUCUCCCAGGAGGGUGGGAUGAAGGCAUACACGGAUUUUCUGGUCCAACACAAGACCAUGAUCCCGAUGAACUUCGACCUGGAUCUGCUCCAGAAAUACGUGCAGAAGCAUGGGAUCCAGAGAGUCCUGGUGUCCGUGUCGGAAGUCGAGACGUUCGACACAGGCAUCCUCUCCGAACUGAUCUCGAUGUUCAGUUCUUGGGCCGACCGAAUCCCGUUUGUCUUGUUGAUCACGAUAUCGACGACGGUGGAGCUUUUCGAGUCUCGCUUGUCCAGGUCGACAGUGUCGCUCUUGGACGCUGAUGUGUUCGAAUCGCGCCAGUCGCAGACACGGCUUGAUCCGCUGUCCGCUCUCUACGAGGCAGUCCAAUACAGGGAGGAAGCACAGGUGUUCUUUGGUCCUUCUGUGGUGGGUAUCCUGGCUGAAUUGGCAGAUGACCAGAGCACGACGGCCGAGACGUUCACGCGCGCCUUGAAGUAUGUCUACAUGUCGCACUUCUUUGCGAAUCCUCUGUCUGUGUUGUCCUCACCAUCCGACUUCAAGAUCUCCGAACACUCGGCCCUGUGCCAGGCUAUCCGUAAUACAAGGGGAUUCAAAAUCCAUUGCGAAACACUGGCCAAAGGGGACAAGGCUUGGCGACAGAGAGCUCGGGAACUACUUCUCUCGGACGAGGCUUUGGAGGCGGAGUCCAUGGAAGCGGUCCGCACAGGGCAGCAUCGGCUGCGAGCUAGCCUUGCUGCCUUCCAAACGCUCAAGGGUCUCUCGUGCCGCCUCCUCAACUCCCAAGAAUACACUUCUUUGGAGACCGAGGCACAGCUCCUUGCGGCGCUCCCCGAUCUCGAGCAGACAGACUUGUUCGAGAGCAUCGAGCAAGCGAUCAAGGAAAUGGACCUCCCGCAAUUCCAAGCGUUCCUCGAGGACGCAGCAUCAGCCUUGGAAGACGUGAAACUUUUCGAAAGCACUCAGUCUUCUCCCACGACUACAGAGAAGCUAGAAACGUUGUCCGACAUCGAAAAAGCAGUCGCAGUCACAGCCACAGCGAGAGGCAACGCCGAUCGUACCAUGGGAAACGACGGGUCCCACAACCUCACCGAAGCCUUCUUGACCAUCCUCAGACGAUACAUCCAGUCACGAACAUUGCCGCCCAAAAGCGAGACACCACAAACUCCACAGAUCCCCGGAACAAGCCCGUUCCAUGAUUUCAUGAGCGAGGCCUUCUCACAUACUUUAAAGUCACCACUGAGUUCCAUCCUGCACCCACGAGCUCGAUAUAGUCUGGAACGAGCGCUGACGCGGCCUGCCGACUAUCUGGGCUGUGAAUGCUGCACUCCUUCUGCCACGUCGAGUAAACCUGGGGGCGAGGUGUCCGAACGCGCGACACUGCCGCCGACGAGUCUGCUGCUCAGCAUGCUCAAUGAAGCCGGACACGUGAUCAACGUGCGGGACUUGUGGGAGACGUUCCGUGACAUGGUCACGCCGGCGCUUGCUGGGAAGUCGAAGAAGGGAAUCUUGACACACGGUACCCGAGAUAGAGAGGAAGAAGAUGAUGCUAGGUCCUCGGCGAGUCAGGAUGAGGAAGAUCAAGCAGGGGAAGAAGAGGAAGAAGAUGACAAUGCAACGUCUGAAGCUGUGGAACGCCAGGCUCUGGCUCUGUUCUACCGGGCGCUCGCGGACCUGAGGUACUUGGGCUUCGUCAAACCGAGCAAACGUAAACCCGGGGUCGACUGUAUCGCGAAGACGGUGUGGAUGGGCUUAUAA